AUUUGACUUAACAGUUGAUUAUUACUGCAGUGGAGUAGAACGAGGAGAAGGGAGAGUCACCGAUUCAGCGAAGGAUCAUUAACAAUGAGUGAAGAAGCUCCAAAGCUCUACACCAACAAACCCAAGAAGGCUCAGCUUAAACAGUUUCAAGAACAACAAAAAGGAAAAGUUUUUGCUUCUUCAACACCAAUUCCGCGGCCAUCAUCAUCAUCAGCUGCAGCAGCAUCGUACACAAUGGGGUCGAGCUCUGCUGCUUCGCCACCUCCGCCUCCAAAGGAGUCCUUUGCUAGGCGUUACAAGUUCCUUUGGCCCCUGCUUUUGACCGUUAAUCUCGCUGUUGGAGCUUACAUAUUUAUGAGGACCAAGAAAAAGGAUAUCAGCAUAACAGAGGAAGAAGGGGCAAAAGAUGUUCCCUCAACUCCAGCUUCAACCACAGCUGCCACAGCUGCUGUCAUCACUGAAAAACCCGUUUCAGAGUUUGUGAAGUUGCGUGAACCAAUUCCUGUGGAUCAGCAACGCGAACUUUUCAAGUGGAUAUUGGAAGAGAGAAGGAAGGUCAAACCAAAGGAUCCUGAAGAGAAGAAGCAUAUUGAUGAAGAGAAAGCCAUUCUCAAACAAUUUAUUCGAGCAAAAUCUAUUCCAAGUAUUUAGCUAACUGACUACCUGUUUAUUAAAACAUACCUGUGUUAAAACAGUUUGGAUUUUACUUGUGAAAUAUGAAAUUUACUUUCUCAGUGCAAUAUGAUGCCUUCUGGAUGCAAUUUUU